CGGAUAUAGACAUUUAAAAACACUAGCUAUAUGCUACACGCUUAGCAACUUAGCAUGCUAGAUAUCAUCAGUAACACCGAGAAUCACUCAUACUAACCAGUUAUGGAAGCACUGUGGAAUUUGGAGGACAAAUGGAAGCUGACGACCCAAGAAGCAGUCCUCUUAUUUGUAUGCUCUGCCUUCGCAGUCAUUGCGCUCUGCACUGCAACAAUGCUUAAGAGGAAGGCCCAGAGAAAGCCAAGAUUAGUGAACCAAGACCCAAUUAGCGCAGGUACCUCAAUAAGAUGGUCUGAGCCUGACCCUGGUUCUAAUGAUUGGAUCACAAUAAAGACGGUGUUGAUGGAGUCAAUGAGGUGGAGUGAAGCAAGCAAAUGGGAGGAGGGAGGUAGUGGGAGUGAGAGUGGGAGUGGGAGGCGGGGAGAGAUGCUACGACCACCACCACUUCUCGGGCUAGAGAGGUGCGACUCAAGUAUUGGGUGGCAAAGCCAGAACUCUUUGUCACCUGCAGUGUGGCAAAGGCCUAUCCUCAUGGGAGAGAAAUGUGAGCUUCCAAGGCAUAGUGGGCUUAUUCUCUAUGAUGAAAGAGGUCGGCUACUUGAUCAUUCUCUCACAUCAUCUCGUAAAGAAAAUAUUCAUGAGGUAGAGAAAGGGAGCAUCUCUCUUUACCAAAUUUGAGAGCUAACAAAUUUGAUUGAUACGUCCUUCUUCCUAACAUGGUCUCAUCUCUUGUUUAUGUCGUGUAGGAAAAACCAGCAGCUGUUCUGAGAACUUCUAAGGUUGAUUUGCUAUAGCUGUAUUUUAUUGCUUCUUUCUUACCUCUGUUGACCAAGCUUUUAUUUUAAUUCUUUUUGCGUCAUCUAAAUAAGAAAAUGACUAGAUAUUUGAGCCGCAGCCAAUUUCUCUAAGACGUAAGAAAAUGAUGUUCCAAGCGUUGUUUAAAGAAAAAAAGAAAAAUCAAUGUUUAU